AUGACAUUGCUCACAGUGAUAUUGUUGCUGGUUCUAAGUGAUGCCUGCAUCUGCAGCCAUGAUGAGAGCAGUGAUGAGAGCAGUGUUGAAAAGGAACUCACUGAAUUUUUGAGUGAUUUCAGUGAUGCCUUCAAAGUGCCUGAAUGUGCAACCAGCGAGAAUCCUGACUGCUCAGCAGUUGCGGCAUUCAGUGCUAGGGAUGCAAUCCUAGCACCGCAAGGGGUCCCAACUGCAUUUGGAAGAGCAGAAAUUAAGCAAUUCACAGAGGGAUUCAAGGCAUUAAAUCCUAGUGCAUAUUCUGAGAUAACUAUUAAAAGCAUCAAGGCGGACAGACGCAGCGCCACUGUAUUUGGUAUUACCACUACAUUUGUAAAUGGGGAAAUAUUCAUGGAGACAAGAGUAUUGAUCUACUUCAUUAACGAAGCUGAUGAGGAAGGAGAUAGUGUAUGGAAGAUACAGUACUUGCUUGACAACGAACAUUUUUUUCAAAAAUAACAGAUCCAAAUUAAUUAGAAUCCUAACAAGUUUAAGGAUUUUCUUGUUAAAUUGUUAAUUUUGGAUUCCAG